GGGCUUCACUGUACUGUAAGCGUCUCUCGCAGAUGAGGCGGAAGGCCCCUGCCCCGUUCCCAGAAGUCGGAGUAGAAUGGAGCUCCUUGAAGAAGACCUUACAUGCCCCAUUUGUUGUAGUUUGUUUGAUGAUCCACGAGCAUUACCUUGUUCACAUAACUUCUGUAAGAAAUGUUUGGAAGGGAUAUUAGAGGGAAAUACUCAGAAUGUGAUUUGGAGACAAUCUCUCUUCAAAUGUCCCACAUGUCGAAAGGAAACAACAGUAACAGGGGUUAACAACCUCCAAGUUAACUACUCCCUAAAAGGUAUUGUGGAAAAAUAUAACAAGAUCAAAGUAUCAGCAAAAAUGCCUGUCUGUAAAGUGCACAGUGGUCAGCCUCUUAAUAUUUUCUGCCAGACAGACAUGCAGUUGAUAUGUGGCAUUUGUGCCACUAGAGGAGAUCACAUAAAUCAUCUCUUUUGCUCCAUUGAAGAUGCUUACUGUAAAGAAAAACGUGCUUUUGAGAAACUGUUCCAAGUGUUUGAAGCAUGCCACUGUGGAGAUGCACUUUCUCGGCUAGACACUUUGGAAACCAGCAAACGGAAAGCUCUCCAGAGGCUGACAAAGGAUUAUGACAGGGUGAAAGAUUUUUUUGAGAAAUUACAAUAUACAUUAGAACAAAAGAAGAAUGAGAUCCUCUCAGACUUUGAAAUCAUGAAGCUUGCAGUUAUGCAGGCAUACGAUCCAGAAAUCAACAAACUGAACACUAUCAUACAAGAGCAACAAACUGCUUUUAAUAUUGCAGAAACAUUUAAGGAUGUAUCUGAACCCAUUCUGUUUUUACAACAGAUGCAAGAAUUUCGAGAGAAAAUCGAAGCGAUAAAAGAAACUAGGUUGCCUUGUGUUACCAUAGACAUCAAGUCUACAGUUAAAGAUGUUGAUACAAGUCAGUGGGAACAACUUAAGCUAGCAGAUGUGGAUAAACUUUCACUGCCUCCAGAGAAAAGCUAUUUCAACUGGGUGACUUCUUCCUUUCUUUCACCAAGGUUUUUUGUAACUGUUUUGUUUUGUUUGCUGAUUGUUAUCACUCAAGUACGUGUUACAGAUUUUCUAGGCAAGACCUUACAGUAUUGGAAAACUCUUCUUUCUGCAUUUGGCUCAGGUUAUCUGACAGACCCAACAGAGAUGGCAGAUCAUGCUAUUUUUUACUGGGAAAAGGUAGUGAAUAGUGCUGCUGUUCUAAGUGAAAAAUGUGUAAAUUAUAUCCAUGUGUUGUUGAAUAACGUUGUCCAAUUUGCAUGUAUAAACUUGUAUAAAUGCUUUUAAUGUACAGGAAGUAUACAGUUGUAACUGAAAUUAUUCAACCC